AUGCCUGUGGCUGGUAACGACAGCAACGGCAAGAAGGUUGGCGACACCGUCGACGUUGACAUUGACAGCGAAAGCGAAAGCGACUACGGCUGGGACCUGUCGCUGGAAGAAGACGUGCACAAACUCUUAAACGCGACAGCGGCGCAGACGGACAUCGCACUCGCCUCUUCCUCUCCACGCGCCCGACUCUUCGUGCCGGUCGUCGCCGACACGCCAGCACAACACAAUGCAACCGCUUCGCAGCCACUCGGCCCUCUGGCGGCGGAGGCGGUGGGUGCCACUGCUGCGCCUCACCACGACCCAGUCGCCGACGACGACGAUCCAAGCGCGGCUGCUGUCUUGGACGCGGCCCGUGUCGGCCUCGACGUCGAAUACCCGGAUUUGAGCCAAGUCGUGGCCGACCUCGACGGUGAAAUGGCCGAUGGGGACGAGGCUGUUGUUGGGAUUGCAAUGAAUAGAGGAAACACAGACGAGACAGGCCCGCUGCCGCCAAGGCCGGCAGCCGUGCCCACAGGCAUACCCGCCAACUUGGCCUCCGCCAGCAUUGCAUCACCGCUCGCCCAGUUCCGCACCUAUCCCAAAAAGCCUUUGUCUGUCAGCGACCUCACCGCCGGCGCCUGGUGCGAGUUGCAGUACGAAUACACGCUGACGCGGCUGCCGGGCGGCCGUCGUACGCGCACGCCAGCGAUGCGCGCGGGCUCCAAGGUGCACCAGAAGCUCGAGGACGAGGUGCACACGACGGUGCCCAUAACCGUCAAGAAGCCGCAAGACGUUUUGGGUGUCAAGAUCUGGAACAUGGUCCACGGCCUGCGGACGCUGCGCGAGACGGGGCUGACGCGCGAGCUGGACAUUUGGGGCUUGGUCGACGUGAGCCCUCCUCCGGUCGACGGCCAGAGCCAGCAGGAAGUGGUCAAUGGCGUAAUUGACGCGCUGAGCUACGAAAACCCGGAUCCGGCGGAACAGCCACCGCGGCAAAACGGACAGGACAAUGGAACGCCGACCAGACGAACGCGUCGCUCCAAAUCGGCUGCCACGGCGACUUCCAUCGAAUCUUCAGCGGCACACAUUACCGACUACUUUCCGUCGUCUCCAUUGGACCCAUUGUCACAAGAGCAGGCGAAAUCCAGCCCCAGAAAGGAAAAAGAGCCGCCAUCGUCACCACUUCGCAAAGUCUACAUUACCGACGUCAAGACCCGCGAGUCGACCCGUCUACCCACUGGCGCUGCGGCACGCCCAUCCAAAAUUCAACUGUAUCUGUACCACCGCUUCUUGUGCGACCUCGCCAGCGGCAACUUCCGCUUCGAGGUCGUCUUUCAGCGUUACAACGUCGACCAGCACGACUUGUUUUCGGACGACUUUCUGGCGGAAAUGUACGCCGACCCCCUGUUUGUGGAGCUGACGGAGGACGCCGCCGCCGACGACGCGGAAAGCAGCAACACGCUGCACGACUUUGUGCGCAUCCUCCAGCACGAAGUCGCACUGACGUUCCCGCACGGCGCCGCCUCGGUUGGCGACGUUGUGGCUGUGGAGUACCGUCAGCGGCCACGGGACGGCGACGACGGCGGCCGUUGCAUCGGUACCAACGUCAUCCCUGUCGACGAGAAUGUGUUGGACCGCUACCUGGCCAACUACCUGGCAUGGUGGCGCGGGGCGCGGGCGCCCGUUGGCGUCGACAUUGAAGAGGCCGCGCUCAAGUGCGGCUACUGCGAGUUUGUCGACGACUGCGAGUGGCGGCAGACGAUGGAUGAGGAGCGCGUACAGAAGGCCCGGGCCAAGAUCGCCGCAGCACGGGGGCAGGACAACUGA